AUGUCCUCGGUAGGGUGUGCGAUCUGCCUUGGGAGGUGUGCAAUUUGUUUAGAGUUUCGAUGUGGGACUCUGGGCGUCAAUCGUGGAGCUGCCACGUGCCAGAGUGGGCAAGGUUGCCCUAAUGUUGUGAUCGGUAGGAGUCCCCCAAGUCCCCUUGCGAGAGUCUUCGGAAGGGGAUUUGAAUUCGUCCUCGGGAGGAAACACGGCCUUACCGUUCGGUAA